AUGAGUAGAAGUCUCAGUCCAAAGCGAAAACUUGUAGAGCAGAGCUCCAAGAUCCAGCACGAAAUUUCGCAGAAAUAUUUAAUUGACUCCAGCGCGUCUGUGUUUUAUAAAACAAAUUUCUUUGACACUUUGAAAGAACCUUUAAAUGAGUCAAUUCAAAGGAGAGUGGAACAGAAAAGAAACCCAAUGUCAGGGAUGAGCCUGGUUAUACCAAACAUUGAAGCUAGCAAGGCAUCACAGAUUGGGGGGAUUGCCCAGGAGUUUUUGAGAAAUACACAAAAACUGAAUCCGAGGAUUCUGGAAGCGUGAAUUAACAAUACAGUUGCAGAUGCGGAGCAGCUAGAUAUACCAGGGUGUGUAAUCAAGCCAGAAAAUAGGCUGCCACUUAUUAGGUAUGGGAUUGACCGAACAAGCUUGCUGAAUGCAGGGCUGCCUCCUCAAGAGGUAGAUCGGCUAUAUAGGUCUUUAUUUGUGUACUCAAUAGGCUUUUAUCAGAUGAUCCUCAAAGUAUUAGAGCACACUGAUAAGAAGUACACAAUUGUGGCAGGGAUUUGAAAAGUUUUCGCGAUUUUGUUAGAAUAUUGCUGCCAAUUAGACUAUCAGAUGAUUAUUACGACUUUAAAUCUGGAAAAAAGGGAAGAGUUAGAGCAGCUAGAAGAAGAAUAUAAAAAACAGAUUUCCCAGAUGGAAGAGCACGAAAGGCAGCUACUAGACAAUAUAAGCCAAACUAGAGCCCAAUUGUUGCAAGUCCAAAGAGAUCUGCAAAAAGAAAUACAAAAAAGAGAAGAACUUGAAGACGAAAUUAUGCAGAGAGGCUCAGGACAUGAAGAAGAAGUAGCAAUGAGGCUGCAGUUUGAAAGCAAAUUAAACCAAAUGUUCGCUAAACAAAGGGAUAUGCAGACUAGAAUGGCGCAGCUAAUAGAAACUAUUAAUGAGCAGCAGAGGCAGAUUGAGAUGAAAACUGAAAAUUUAAAUAAGGAAAAGAAAAGAAUUGGCGAGCUUUCUCAGCACAAAAUUGAGCUUGAACAAGAAGUCAAAAGACUUGAAGAAAAAAUCAGGCAGCUUGAAGGGCUUAAUAACAAUUUAGAAUCAAGACUUACUGAGAGCUUUAAAAAAAAUGAAGAAACCAGUACCCAGCUAAGCAAUUUCCAUACUCUUUAUAAUGAAUCUUUAAAUGAGCUUGCCCAAAAAAGAAUAGAAAUUGAUAUACCUUUUUUUAUUUAUAUAUGACCAGUCUAUAUUCUAUAAAAAAAAUUUUUAUUUAAUAUGAUUUAUUUUUAAUUUAAAAUUUGAAGUAGAAGUCACCAAAGUCCAAGUCUCAAAACUCGAAAGCUUAAUUGAAGAACUUAAAAAUGAACGUGAAUUAUAUACAAAAAGAAUAGCUGAAAUAGAAAAUUCUUAUAAUGAAGAAUGCGAAAAACAUCAGCAUUUUGAACAAGAAUAUGUCAGAAUUAAGGAGUCAGACUCAAUGAAAACACUAGAGCUGUUUAAAUUUCGAGAAAAAUCUGAAAAAUUCGAAAAAUUGUCACAUGAGCUGGAAAAAGAAAGGGAUAAGCUAAAAGUCCAGCUGGAAAGUGCUACAGAAAUCGCUGAAGAAUAUAAAAUACAGGUAAAAAGAGCUCAAGAAAGAAUAGAAGAAAUGAACCGAGGGAGGAGAAUUGUAGAAGAACAAAAUGAAAAUUUAACUGCAAGACUUGCCGAAAGAUCUGAAGAGCUUAAAGAUUUAAGAACCCAAUAUAACGAAAACAAAGGAGAGCUGGAAAGAUACAAAACCAGAGAAUCCGAGCUGCAAACUGAAAUAGCGACUCUACAAAUAAAAAUCCAAAGCCUCGAAAAACAGUUUGAAACCAAUAAAGAAACCUUACAAGAAAAAAUAAAAAGUCUGACUGACAUUUUGGCUUCAGAAAAAAAAAUCAGGGAAAAUUGGAUUUAUAGGUAUGAGGAGGAACAAAAAAUCCAUUCGCAGACCACAAAAGAACUGAUGGACGCACAAGAUGAAUGCAAUGAAGGGCAAUUAAAAAUAAACUCAUUGAAAUCUUUAGCUGAAGAAAGAAAUACACAACUAGAGAAAGCAAAAGCAAAAGCCCAGGAGCUGCUAGAAGAAGUGCUAGAAUUAAGGUCGCAGCAUGAAGAACUGGGAAGGAAAAAUAAAACUUUGCAAAUGCUACUAGACGCUGUAGAUGCUGAAAAUAAAGCAAAGCUAGAUGAACUGGAAAAUGAAAUAGAAGAAAUCAAAGUAAGCCAUGGAAUUCAGACAGAAAUAUUGAAAAUGGGUAUUGAAGAUGUUUGGUCACAAGCUAAUUUCAGCUAUGAAAAAUUAGGAGAAACUGCGAAAAAUUUAGAAAAAACCCAAAAAAAUCUAGAAAUUACAGAAAAAUCAUUGGAUAAUGAAAAAGAACAGAUGGAGGACCUUACUGAGAGACUGGAAAAUAAAAUGAUGGAGGUUGAAGAAUAUCGGCAUUUAGUCGUUGAACAAUGUGAAAAAAUAGUUAUCACUAGUGAUAAAUUAGAAGAAACUGCCACAAAAUUUGAAGAACUGAAAAAGGAGCACCAAGAUUUCAUAGAUUUGAUACCAGAAAAUCUUAAAAAUGAGGCAGAUCCUUUUAAAAUAUUGAUAAACGAAAUUGAAGAAAAAAAAGCUCAAAUUGAAGAAAUUGAAGCUAUUAAGGCAGCUAUGCAAGAUAUUGAAGUGCAAUAUGACUAUGAGCCUGAGAUUACAGAUCAGAACACCCAAACUGAAAUAGGAUCAUCAUUUUUCGAUAAACUUACCAAGCCAAAAACUCCAGGAACCAGUAAAUCUGGGUCUUCACAAGUGAACCAAGGAUUUUUCAAUUCGUCGCGAAACAAUAUGAAUAAAGACAGUUCAGGAUUUUCGCUGAUUUCAGAUGCAAAUGAGUUUCCUCUUACUUUAUAUAUAAAUUUUAUAGUGAAAUAGUUUUUUUUCGAAUUUAAAAAAAAUCCCAAUUGGAAAGCAGAUAUUUAUUAAUUUGUAAAAUUUAUGUUUUAAAAUGCAAGCUGUUUAAAAUUAAACAGAAUUAGCUCGAGAUUUUAUUAUAUUAAUUAUCUAUUAUAUAUCAAUAUAUUUUUUUCCUAAAACAAUGCUAUAUUAAAAAUUUUUUUAGCUUAUGGAGGGUGAGUUUUUUGGCAAAAAAUAGGGAUUUACCAAUGAUUUUUGUUCACUUAUUGAGGGGGAGUCAGGAAAAAACUAGAAGAAGAAAAUGAUAUAAUAAAAAGAGCAAGCAAAGCAACGGUUAUAAGUAAAGACUCAAAUAUAAGAGAAGAGCUAACUCCAGUACAUUUAAGCAGUAUGUACAAGCAUGAAACUAGCAGAUCUUUUACAGGGGAAGGGGAAGAUAGCAUGGAGCAGACUCCAAGAAGUGGCGAUGUGAAAUUGCCAAGCAUAGGCAAAAAAAAUCCAAAGCCUCCAAGUCAGCCAAAUCCUCUUAUUCUAGGAGGAGGACCUCCUGAUAUAAAGAGAUAUAUAAAGCAAGCAGUCUCAAGGAGAAAAAAUGAUGUUAACUUUUUGUAG